CUCCCCUGCUGCACUCCUACUUGAUGGAAAAACACGCUGAGCUACCAGGGAGAGGUGCCGUCUAUUUACAGACAAAGGAGAACAUAAUUAAAAACUCUGAUUUAUAAUAAAUCACCUGCAAGAUGCGUGGAGUUUUUAAAAAUCCAAAGUGAAGUUCCAUCUGUCUCUAGGCGCUUUACAACAUAAACCUUCACUCCUGUUACUAUAAAUAAGCUUGAAAUUAAAUUUAAGCACAGUAAAUGACUGACCCGAUGCGAAUCAGACCUCUUCAAACAGGUUUGGCAGCUUGCUCUGGAAAAGACAACAUAUGUCAACAUGAGGAAGUGGAAAGCAUCCUACAUGCAUGCCAUCUGUGCAAGAAGCUGCUUUGUUGUAGUCCAUCAAACGUAAGAGUCUCACACACACAUGCACGCGAGCAGAUUUGUUCACCCCACUUCUGCCUGAUCGACGAGAUCGACUCUCAACACGCGAAGCUGAAAGCUUUACAAGCGUCUGUCCUCCUGAAGUGGUGACGAGAAUUAUUCCAGCUGUCAAAGCGUCUGACCUCUGACCUUUCUGAGGAAACAACUGCACAGCUGAGAACCACAUCUCCAUGUAAAGCACCAAUAAAGAGCCUUAUUAUUUUAUGUGUUAUUAUGAGGAACAGCUGAGUUCGCGGUUUGUUUAUAACAGUGUGACCUGCAUUCUCCAUCUGUACACUCCUGUAUCUGGUAUGUGAGCUCUCUCUGUUCAUGCAGACUCUUCAUGUAUGUUUGCCCCCAGCAGUCUGCUCAGAGCUGUGUUGUCAGUUCACAUCUCUUUAUGACCCACGACACCAAUUUUCUGCUCUGCCACUAUCAGAUUGUCAGCUCAUUUGUGGGUUUUAUUUUGUAUAUGCUGUCAUAGUGUUUAUUGUUUUUUGGUGAAACUGACUAAACCACGCAGGUAUCAGCAGGCCCGGGGUGGCUAAUAGGGAGAACCGGGACAGUUCCCGGUGAGCCGGUCUGGUUUUUGGGCUGCGAGAGCCGCUGUUCAGUCAUGGCACUGGGGUGGUCAUUAUGCUGCUACCGCUGUUCCUGGACCGCCUCCACUGGCAGCUUUUUUGCUUUGCAGACGCACCGUGACGUAACACGUCCGUGCACGCGAGGUGUUUGAAACAUAUGGUUUGAAAGAUGGAAGACAGGAAGAGCAAGAAUUAAAAAGAGGAAAGCUCUGGAAACAGACGCAGCCGAAUGUGCAGUAAUUGGGAACUUUUUCACUAAAGCUCGCAGUUUGAAAUGACAAAUGAGUUCGAAGAAACGGAUACGGACUUUGUUGAACUUUGCAAACCACCGUUCAACCCCUCAGAGUCAGAAGAAAGAUCCAGCACCAAGCAGCAGCCAAGAGCCACAAGUCCAGAGUGGGAGAUGUUCAGAGGGAGCUGAUGCCACAUCUGGUCCAGCUGAUGGAAGGUCUUGAAGUUCUCUGACUAAAGAUGGUCCUCUGACUGGAUUUAAGGUUCAGAUGCUCAGGAACAAACUCCACCAAUGAGCCAACAGGGAAGCUUUAGAUUUGUUAAAUGUCGCUAUGAAGGUAUCGCUGUUUUUCUUUGUGAUUGCAACGUGCUCCAACUGAAACUUGAACUAGAACUUAGAAGUAGAACCUUCCAUCUGACAGGCUUUAGUUGCAUUAAUAACCUCAAAACAUUUUCAUUUUUAUUCCAGUCUUGGUUGGAAAUAGAAUCUCUGCAUUGAUUCAGGUAAAAACUGAACUUCACAGCAUGUUGGAGCAAAACAACCAGAUGAAAAGUGUGAUGGUGUUGGGUUGUCAGACUGUAAUGUUGAAUCUCAAAUCAGCUUUUCUAUCUCAGUUCAUUCUGACAUUCAGCUCUGAAUCAACAGCAGAUCUAGUUGAUGGUGAUCCAUGCUGUGGAAGUCUCACAUCUCCUCAUUUAAUGGAGCUGCUUUGCACUUUCUACACUGUUUAUUCACCAACACUUUAUUUAAUAAAAGUCUCAUCUAGUUUUUAUGAGGAAUGUGAUGUUUUAAUUUCUCUGUGAAUAACUGUAGUCUAAUGGAACAGCUGGAACUGUAACAUCUGUCCUGAUGUAUUGAUCAGAAUACUUAUGGUCAGAAGUCAUCCCUGAAGUUUUACAUUCAAGUCUUUACUUUUGUUGUGAACUUUGGUGAGAAGCAGAAACUUCUGCGUUGCCAUGGAUACAUGAGUGUUAAAUUCUGUCUAUGUUUCAUUUUGGGAACUGCAGUCCAGCAGAUGAGUUUUUUACUGACAGCCAGCAUUCAGUCUGAGAUGUUAAGAAUAAAUAAAUGUUCAUAAUGUGGAAAUUAACAGAUUUUAUUUUUAUUUAUUGCUACAGCCAGAAUGUGGAGGAAUUUAGUCUCACAAUCAUAGACAAGAAAUAUUAUCUGAAAGUCGUGUUAUUGUUGUUUAUCAGCACAAUACAAAAAGAUUCAUGUUAGAAAUAUUCCAGUUAAGACUCUAGAACAUCAUGAUUUCUGUGAAUUUACCUCAAUAAUAUGCAUGUUCAGGUUAAGAUUGUGCAGUGAUAUUUAUUAUGCAAGUUUAGCUGAUGAAAGUUUAUGACUCUGCACUACAAUAUUUUUUAUUAUUUAAAUUGACAUCAUUAUUAUAAUAUUUAGGGUCAGACCCUACAGUAUUGAGAUUAAGAAAUCAAAUAUUCUGUAAAAUGUAAAUACAGUGAACUAAUUUGAAUAUGUUUAAGUGAGACUCUACAAUAUUAUUUAACUCAUAUCUAUCUAAAUCAAAAUUUUAAUCAUUUUUACUCCAAACAUUUACUGGACUGAUUUAAAUACUAAAAUCACUCCUUUCUAAUCCUCUGCUGUACGUUCAAACCUGAGGCCUGAAAUAGAAACACACAAGUAUCUGAUUGAAGGAACUUCUGCACAGUCCUGAUUCCAGAAAAUGAUGAGAGAAUUAUAGACAAACUUUAACAAAAGCUGCCUGAGAGUUUACAGGUUUUUAUGUUAGAUUUCUUCAGCAAUUCAAUGAGAGUUAUCAGCAAAAAUCAAGAGUCCAUUUGAACUUCAUUUCCUAAAACAUCCAGAUUGGAAGCUCAUAUCUUUGGCAGCUGUAGUUUCUGCUCCUUCAAAGUUCACAACACAAUGAAUUAAUUCCUGAAACACUGUCAGUGCUGGAGAGCGUUUGUGAUGCUGAAGCAGUGACCAGUUUUUCUGUUUCUUCUCUGGAGAUGCACAAUGAGGGACGUCUGCAGCGACUGAGAAAGAGUCUCACCACAUUCUGACACCAGGAAAAACACCUUAUUGAAGACGACAAUGAGGAAAACUAUCAGACAGCAGACGGCAUGCAUUCAAGAGAGGAAGACCAUCAAACAGCCACGUCAGCUGAUGGAGGUCCAAGAGUCUCACCAAACAAACAACAUACAGAGUGAAGACCUCUAACCUGAUUGGACGGCCUCCUAUUCAGCCACAUUUUAGGCUGUUAGAUUGUUCCAGAUACGACAAGUACAAGAUACUUCAGCGCUGUUCUACCAUGAGCCUGACAGGAAGAACUCCAACAGCUGCUAAAUGUUCCUGUGGUCCCCUCAAGGCUACAGGAGGAGUCCUACGAGGACGAGCGGUCCACCUGAUGCCGGCCAGUCGCUGCGGUUCAAAGUCGACACCGACUACGUGGACUUCUACUGGACCACAUGGAGGCCUUCAAACCAGACAAACAAGUUCACUGACUCCCCGACUCAUGGGUCUGAGGAUGCUGCCAAGCCUCGGCCCAACCGGGUGCCUGUCUGUGGGUGUUUGAAUGCUGAGAGGUGUGUCAUGUUCACUGUGAGGAUCUUCUGAGUGAAGCCAACAGAAGGAAAACCUCAUCUGAUUGUGAAGAAGGAGACUGAAUGGACGACAUCCUCAGUGAACCACUUCCUGUUUAGCUUUAAAGACCCACCGAGGAAGAUUUUAGCUGAAAUGUAGCGUUGCUUUGGCAACGCUACAUUUCCCGUGAGCCUCAGCGUGCACUGUCGCAAACCGUCGUAAACGAGCGAGCGAGCCUCAGGAAAGCCGGUGGAGUUGAAAUCAUUGUUGAACAAUGGCCACCGACGAGGCCUCACACAUUCAUGAAGAAACACUAAAAGGAGGAGCAUGGGCCAGAGGAGAGGCUCUUUAACCCGAAGGAGCGGUGAGUUUUGAGUGGAUGGAAAACAAAAGUUAGUGAGAAGAGGAAAGGCAAAAAGCAGAGCCAUGACGUGGAGGAGCCCCCUGGCCCUGAUGAGGGACGCUCUGCGAGGUCAGAGGGCCCGGGACAAGGAGCUCCGCAACCUGGUGUCCAACCUGCCUUAUGAGGGACUGGAUAAAGCGAAGCAACCCAACCGCCACUUCCCAUCAAACGCCAUCAAAACCACCAAAUACACUCUCCUCUUGUUCAUCCCCAUGAACCUCUUUGAGCAGUUCCACCGUCUGGCCAACAUCUACUUCGUGGGGUUGGCUAUUCUGAACUUUAUCCCGGUGGUGAACGCCUUCCAGCCUGAAGUAGCCCUGAUCCCCAUCUGUGUCAUCUUGUCCCUGACGGCCAUGAAGGACGCCUGGGAGGACUUCAGGAGGUACCAGUCGGACAGGAAGCUCAACAACACGCCGUGUCUCAUCUACAGCAGGAAGGAGAAGCAGUUUAUGGAGAGACGUUGGAAGGAUGUGCGGGUGGGAGAUUUUGUGAAGGUGGUUUGCAAUGAGAUCGUCCCUGCAGAUCUGCUUCUUCUCCACACAUCAGACCCAAACAGUGUGUGCCACAUAGAAACAGCCAACCUGGAUGGAGAGACCAACCUGAAGCAGAGGACGGUGGUUUCUGGGUUCCUGAAUUCUGCAUUCGAACCCGAAAGCUUCACUGGCGUCGUGGUGUGCGAGAAGCCCAACAACAACCUGAAUCAUUUCAAGUGUUAUGUAGAGAAACCUGAUAAGGAGAGGGCAGGCGCUGGGAUCGAGAGUCUGCUGCUGAGAGGCUGCACAGUGAGAAACACAGACCAUGCUGUUGGCUUUGUGGUUUAUGCAGGGCAUGAAACCAAGUCCAUGCUCAACAACAACGGGUCUAGAUACAAGCGCAGCAAACUGGAGCGGAAGCUGAACAUAGACGUCAUCUUCUGCGUCAUUCUGCUCUUCGCCAUGUGUCUUGUCGGAGCACUAGGUCACUUCUUAUGGCUGCAGGCGCUGCCCGGCAUCCCUCCUUACCUGGUCCCCGACAGCAGCGGUCACCUGGACGGUCCCAGUCUGUCUAGUUUCUACACGUUCUUCACCAUGAUCAUCCUGCUGCAGAUCCUGAUUCCCAUCUCUCUCUACGUGUCCGUUGAGUUGGUCAAGAUCGGUCAGAUCUUCUUCAUCACUAAUGACACUGACCUGUUCGAUGAGGAAACCGAUAGCCGCAUGCAGUGUAAAGCUCUGAACAUCACAGAGGACCUGGGACAGAUAGAAUACAUCUUCUCCGACAAGACUGGAACCCUCACCGAGAACAAGAUGGUGUUUCGGCGAUGCUCCAUCAUGGGCACUGAGUAUCCACACAAAGAGAACGCCAUCCGCCUAGCUGUCCUUGGUGAACCAGAGUCAGAGGAGGAGGUCAUCUUCAACCAGCGUCCACAAUCCCUGCAGACUGGUUGGUCCCUGGAUGCUGAGGACACAACCCCCCGAGACACCACACAGCGCCGUGGCAGUCGACACAGGAGCAAGGUCGCGGGAAUUGCUCAGAGCGAUGUGGCCUUCAGCAGUCCACUGGAAACUGAGGUGAUUCCAGACAAGAAGCUGCUUCAGCAGAUUAGCAGGGCAGAGAGCAGCAGCGGCAGCAGGAAGACAGAUCCCUACCUGGACUUUUUUCUGGCUCUUGCCAUUUGCAACACAGUGGUGGUUUCCAUGGCAACAGCUCAGAGACGGAGGGUGAGUGUGUCUCCACGCUCCUGCCACGGCACUAAUCUGCUGGAAAGGUUGUCCAGUCUGGUGAAAAACUCCAGCUCUUCAUGCCUUUCCUGCUGCAAGCGCAAGCCCAAGAGGAACCGUACCUUUUCAGAUAGCUCAGUUGUAGAGGAGGACCAUUUUCAACCCUCUGUUAAGAAGGAGAGGAAUGGAGGCAGCUAUGCGCUCCAGACAUGCUCCCUCCAUGCUGCAUCCGAGAGCAACAAGCCUGUGGCAACCUCAGAUAAUCUGAGGUAUGAGGCAGAGAGUCCAGAUGAGGCCGCCUUGGUUUACGCAGCUAAGGCAUAUGGCUUCAUUCUGCUGGCCCGCACCCCUGACAGUGUGACGGUGAGGUUGCCGUCUGGGGAGGACUUGGUGUUCAAGGUGCUGGACACCUUGGCCUUUGACUCCAACAGGAAGAGAAUGUCUGUUUUGGUGCAACACCCAAUCACCAAAGAGUAUGUGCUGUACACUAAAGGAGCAGACUACGCCAUCAUGGAGCUGCUUGGUACACCUUAUGCAGAGGCUCUCAGUGGUAAACAGAAGAAUACAGCAGCUGAUACUCAGCAUCACCUUGACUGCUAUGCCAAGGAAGGGCUCCGAACAUUGUGUGUUACAAAGAAGGUUGUGAGCGCGAAAGUGUAUGAAAGCUGGUUGGUGGACAGACAGAGAGCGCUGGCUGCUAUAGAUAACAGAGAGGAGCUCAUCAUGGACACUGCAGUGCAGCUGGAGACAAACCUGUCUUUGCUAGGGGCAACAGGCAUCGAGGACCGACUCCAGGAGAAUGUCCCCGACACCAUCAUGGCUCUGAGGGAGGCUGGGAUCCAGGUGUGGGUUCUGACUGGUGACAAACCAGAAACAGCUGUCAACAUUGGCUAUGCCUGCAGGCUACUGGAAGAGGAGGACCUGGUGAUUAACAUGAGCUGCAGAAGCAAGAUCACGUGCACAUCCAUCCUGGACUGCACCCUGGAGGAGGUGAGGAGAUACGGCGAAGAUCCUCGUAACGUGGACACCCGCCCAGACAUCUCUCUGGUGAUUGAUGGACGAACCCUGACCAUGGCUCUGUCGCCAGACCUGCAGGAGCGCUUUGUGGAUCUGGCCAAGCGCUGCCGCUCUGUGCUCUGCUGCAGAGUCACACCUUUACAGAAGAGCAGAGUGGUGAAGGUGAUCAGGGAGAAACUCAAGGUCAUGACACUCGCUGUGGGUGACGGUGCAAAUGACGUCAACAUGAUCCAAGCAGCUGAUAUUGGCAUUGGGAUAUCUGGUCAGGAGGGGAUGCAGGCGGUCAUGGCCAGCGAUUUUGCCAUAUCUCGCUUCAGACACCUGAAAAAACUUCUCCUGGUCCACGGACACUGGUGCUACACUCGACUGGCCAACAUGAUAAUUUAUUUCUUCUACAAGAACGUGGCUUAUGUCAACCUGCUGUUCUGGUAUCAGUUCUUCUGUGGAUUCUCCGGCACGGCCAUGAUCGACUACUGGCUGAUGAUUUUCUUCAACCUUUUCUUCACCUCUGCACCUCCCGUCAUGUUUGGGAUCAUGGACAAAGACGUUUCUGCAGAGCUGCUGCUGGGAGUACCUGAGCUGUACAGGACUGGACAGGGUGCAGGGGCAUACACAUUUUCAACGUUCUGGGUUUCCAUCCUUGAUGCCUUCUAUCAGAGCCUGGUGUGCUUCUUUAUUCCAUAUUUGGCUUACCAGGAUUCAGACAUUGAUAUUUUUACCUUUGGAACUCCUCUGAACACAGUUUCUUUAUUUACCAUCCUGCUGCAUCUGUCAAUAGAGAUCAAAGCCUGGACGGUGGUCCACUGGGUGAUUAUGCUGGGCAGUGUGGCGUUGUACUUCGUUGUGACGCUCGCUUACAGCGCCAUCUGCGUCACCUGUAACCCUCCAUCCAACCCGUACUGGAUCCUCCAGAGCCAGAUGGCCGACCCCAUGUUCUACCUUGUCUGCCUCAUCUCCACAGUGGUGGCUCUGCUGCCCAGGUACACAUUUCACGUGAUGAGGAACUCUAUCGCCCCCUCCCCGAUCGUACAAGCGAGGCAUCUGGACCGACUGGACCCCUCGGAGAGAGAACAAUGGAUCAAGGAGUGGAGGAGCUUCAGAGGCGGAGGCCAAGUCAAACGCUCCAGGCUGUCAACCCCACCCUCUCCCAGCCUGGGGACCCCUGCAGACCUUUUUCCAGAGUCUCCCACCACCGCUGAGAUCAUCGGGGAUGAUUUCACACUGAAUGUCAUCAGUGAAAACUAUCAGAGGCCGGUGCACACAUAAGAAAUGGAAGCAACUUGAUGGAUAAAAGAGUACUGUGAUUAUUUAUUAGAAAAAAAUGUAAAUAUGUGAACUGACUCAUGAGAGGAUGUAUCCCAGGACAGAGUAAUGUUUCAUUUUGGAAAGGAAGUCAGAGAGAAAUGCUCUUCCUCUAUGACUGGAGUCUGUUUCGCAAUAAACUACUCACAGGCCCUCUUCUCCUUCCUCUCCUCAUAACAAAGUAACACAUAAGCCUGUUACUUUCCUGAUGGGUUUUCAGCACACAGUGGUAACCCAAUUAGUCAUGCCACCCACCCCUCCAAAAAGUGGCACUUUUCCAGGACAAAAUGCUUAGCUGGUUUAAUAUAUUCCUCUCACCUAGAUACCCUAACAGGCACACAGGCAAAAACGUGUGGUUUACAGAUUGUCUAUUUAAUUUCCCUGCAUUAUUUGCCUUUUUUCUGGGCUGGCCUGUGAGUAGUUUUUGUGUAUGUUGUGUAUAUCUGUAAAAAAAAAAAAUCGAUGGAAAUACAUUUUAUUUUCCACUAGUG